AUGGUUGAAGGACAAUUUAGAUCACGUGGCAAUUUUUCACGAGGUGGUAGUUUCCGUGGACGUGGCGGAUUCCAACGGGGUGGUUUUAGAGAUGAUCGUGGAGGUCGUGGAUCAAGGGGCAGAGGGAGUUUUCGGGGUGGGAGAGGAGGAGGUUCAUCACCAGGUGUAUGCUAUAAUUGUAAUCAACCUGGCCAUUUAUCACGCGAUUGUACUGAACCAAGAAAGCCACGCGAUAGUGGAGGACAAAUGAAUAAAUUUGGCGCAGCGGGUAAAAUGAACCGAGGGGGUGGUCGAGGUGGAUUCCAUAAUGCGGAUAAUAAACAAAAAAGCCCAUCAACAUUUGUAAACAAUAAAAAUGCAAGUAACGAUUUGAAAAGAAAAAAAAUUCAGGAGAGUGAUGACGAAGACGAGAGCGAAGACGAUGAAGAUGACGAAGAAGAAAAUGAAAAUCAGCCAAAGAAGCAAAAACAGCUUCAAGAUGACGAUGAUGAAGAUGAAGACGAAGACGAAGUGUCUGACGAUGAUAGUGAUCUGGAUGAAUCAGAUGAGGUGGAUACAGAUAACGAUAAAAAGCCAGUUCAAACACAAUUGAAAAAGGCUUCGACUACACCUCUUUCAGGAAAAACAUCAGCACCAACUCCAGUGACGACGGACAAAGUAAAACAACAAAAUUCAUCUUUGAGCAAAGCAACACCUUCAGUGACGACGGAUAAAGUAAAACAACAAAAUUCAUCUUUGAGCAAAGCAACACCAUCCGUAAAAACAUUAAUGAAUAGCAGCAAAAAUAAAACAAGUUUGGCACCAGCACAACACGAUUUGGAUGAUGAUGAAGAAUCAGAUGAUGAUGAUGAUGAUGACGAUGAUAAAAUGGAAACAUCAUCGAAAAAAAUACCACAACAACCAUCGAAAACUCCGCAAAAAUCAAGUGUUACACCGACACCACCAACAACAACUGUUCAAAAAAAACAAACAGUUCCUAUAUCAGUAACGCCAACCAAUAAAGUGAAAAAUGCCGCAGUAAAACAAACGAAUAAGAAAACAAGUGAUGACGAUGAUACUGAUAGCGAUGAUGAUGAUGACGAUGAUGAUGAUGAUGAAGAAGAAGAAGAAAAACCAGUAGUUGUUUCAAAUGCAAAGCUACCAGUCAAAUCGUCCGUGACUACUGAACAGAAACCAACAACUGGUACAAAACGUAAAUUAGACACGAAUGACGAUACAACAGAAAAAGUAUCUAUCAGUAAUAAACAAGAUGAUGCACGAAAACUAUUUAUCAAAUUUCUUCCUCAUGAUGUCACCGAAACAGAAUUGCAACAGCUAUCAACAGAUAUUCAUAAUGUUCAAUUAAAAUCGAAAAUUGCGAAAUUUAAAAAAGGGGAUAAAUUAGUUAAAAAAUCUUACCCGUAAGUAAAACAGUUUGAAUUGACAUAUCAACUACAUAAGUAGGGGAGAAAGGAAGAAUUAAAGAUCAUUUGUAUUUUUGUACCUUGUAAAACCGCACAAACGUGUAAUUGAGGUAGAUUGGAUCGUAAAAUACUUUGAUUCUCCCACUGUUAUAAGAAAAGACUCAUCCAUCGAGAAUGUCAUAAGUUUUUUCUCUGCUUCCGAAUUUUUUAAUGAUUUAUUUGAGGAAAAUGGCAGAUCUUAGAUUUUUUGCAAGGAUAAUACGGGAUAAUGUGAGAUAUAUUAGAAUCUUAUUAAUUAUACUCGAUGAUAUGAAGUACAAUUUUUCAGCUCUUAUUUACAUAUGAUGAAUUAAAAGGUGUCACCCUUUAUCGGUUUUUUUUUGAAUUCUUAUAGAUUUGCAUUACUUGAAUUCGAA